GAACACAACAUCGCCAACUCUGCAGUGGCGAUAUCUGACAGCAAACAAGAACAAACACCGGUUUAAAUCAUUUUAGGGGGGUUUAUCAGACUUCUUUCGUCACACGCGUUUUUAAUUCGACACUGGAAAAAUGUUCGUCACCGACAUAAGAAAGGAUUUUUAUGAAGUUGUAGCCAACCAGAGAGUCGCUCUAAUGGUUGCAACGGACAUCGAUGCCCUCUGCGCCUGUAAAAUACUCCAGGCRCUGUUUCACUGUGACCACAUCCAAUACACGCUGGUGCCAGUUACAGGCUGGCAGGAACUCUGCACUGCCUUUCUGGAACACAAAGAGCAGUUUCGAUACUUUGUUCUCAUCAACUGCGGGGCGAACGUCGACCUCCUGGAGAUGCUGCAGCCUGAUGAUGACUCCAUCUUCUUCAUCUGCGACACUCACCGGCCCGUGGACGUGGUUAAUGUCUAUAAUGACACUCAGAUCAAGCUGCUGAUCAAACAGGACGACGACCUGGACGUGCCCUCGUACGACGACAUCUUUCGAGACGAGGAGGACGAGGACGGCGGGGACUCUGGAAACGAAAGCGACSAAGGCUCCGAGCCGUCUGAAAAACGGAGGAGAUUCGACGAGGCGGCGAUCGAGAGGAGAAUCGAGAGGCAGCGAGCAAGGAGGGAGUGGGAGGCACGAAGGAGGGAAAUCUUGUUCGACUACGAGCAGUAUGAAUACCACGGGACAUCUGCUGCGAUGAUGUUUUUUGAGCUCGCCUGGGUUUUAACUAAAGAUACCAAAGACAUGCUGUGGUGGGCCGUUAUAGGGCUGACAGACCAGUGGGUUCACGAUAAGAUCACACAUAUAAAAUACGUGACAGAUAUCGCAACGAUGCAGCGGCAUGUUUCCCGACAUAACCACCGAAACGAGGACGAGGAGAACUCCCUGUCCAUCGACUGCAUGAGGAUCUCCUUUGAAUACGACCUGCGUCUAACGCUUUACCAGCACUGGUCUCUGUAUGAGAGCAUCUGUAACUCCUGCUACACCUCCUGCAGCUUCAAGCUGUGGACCUUAAACGGACAAAAGAAACUCCAGGAGUAUUUGGCUGACAUGGGGUGUGCUGGCUUCACCCUCCCUCUGAAACAAGUAAAACAGAAAUUUAACUCCAUGGACGUUUCAAUCAAGGAGAACCUGAGGGAGGUCAUUGAAGAGUCCUCCAACAAAUACGGAAUGAAGGACAUUCGGAUCCAGACGUUCAGCGUUCACUUUGGCUUUAAGAACCGGUUCCUGGCCAGCGACAUGGUGCACGCCGCCUCCGCCUUGCUGGAGAGCGCAGAGAAGGAGGAGAGCAACACCACGGACAACUUCAUCAAGGCUCUGGACUCUCUGUCGCGGAGCAACCUGGAGCGUCUCCAUUCAGGGAUCGACCUGGCUAAGAGGAAGCUCCUUGCUAUCCAGCAGACUGUCGCCAGCUGCCUCUGCACCAACCUCAUCCUGUCGCAGGGACCSUUCCUCUACUGUUACCUCCUGGAGGGAACACCUGAUGUGAAGCUCUUCUCCAAGCCCCUGGCCCUAACUCUACUCUGCAAAUACCUGCUGAGGGCUUUUGUCCACUCUACGAGGAAUAAACGCUGCAAGCUGCUCCCUCUCAUCAUGGCCGCCCCCAAAGACGUGGAGAAGGGAACCGUCAUCGUCGUCGGAAUCCCGCCGGAGUCGGAGACUUCCGACAAGAAGAAUUUCUUUGGCCGAGCGUUUGAGAAAGCUGCAGAGAGCACCAGCUCCAGGACUCUUCACGAUCACUUCGACACGUCGAUAAUCGAGCUGAAGACGGAGGACAGAAGCAAGUUUCUGGACGCGCUCAUCACUCUCCUGUCCUGAAAACCUGAGCAGCUGAACACCAUGUGUCAGAUUUACAGUGCUCAAACAUYGAAGCAUUUUAAAUUGGUUUUGUGUUUAUAUUGUACAGUUUUACUUUUAAAUGUUUGCAGCUUUUUCUGUUUUAAAAUCCACAUCUUUUACUCAUUUCUGUUUGUUCAUAGUUCACAUCAAUUUACAUUUUAUACACGUGUAAUAAAUCUUUUAAGUUACUUAA